AUGGCCCCUCGAUGCCCCCUCCCGCUCUCCGAAGAGUGGGAGGAUGCAGACUCCUACAUUGAGGGCCUCCUGUCAUUCAUGACCACCUCGACGCUCUUCAUCAAUUUAUGUGGCGGGGUGCAUAUGCUGGACUUCCUUACACGCGAACCCGAUUUGUAUACAACUUUACUUCCCGAGGACUGGAGAACUUUCUUUGAAGCACAUGAAGUCCAAGACAUAUUGCGAUUGCUACUUAAGGAAGACAUUGCGGCCUUGAAACGCUACUACGAAGCCAAGGAAGACUCGGCUAGCACGCGCACCUGGAAUGGUGGCGCAUUCCCUCCACAGACUUUACUGGAGUAUAUUCACAAUAUCAAGCGAUUCGCUCUCCGACGGGACUUUGUGCCUGCCGAGCCGAGGCGGAAGCUGCCUUUUCACAUAGCCAUGGGCAUGAACCAGAAGAAGCUGCACGAAGUGGAACAUUUCUCUCGAUGGGUGGCGGAGCUGUCGGAUACAGUGGAGGAGCGGCGCGGGGAACCUGUGUCGCACAUUGUCGAUUUUGGAUCUGGGCAAAACUAUCUGGGUCGGACGCUUGCGGCUCCGCCGUAUAACAAACAUAUUAUUGCCAUUGAACGGAAGCAUCAGUACAUCAGUGGCGCAAAGGGAAUGGACGCCAAGUUGAAGAAAACCGAGAUUCACGUCAUGAAUCCGAGGAAGAAGAAGAAGGACAGACUGCAAAAGUCAGCCGAGGCACUUCCUGAUACCAAUGGUGUGCAGCCCGAGGCUACAGAUCGGGGACACGGCGCCGAGGACGAUGAAGCUCAAGAAUUCAACGAAACGGUUGAAGAUGUCACUUCGUUCAAAAUGCUGGGUGAUAUUAGCUCAAUGCAAGAUACCUCAUCCAGCGCGCAGAAGCAAGGGAAGAAGACCAAAGAGGCGCCGGUUGUUGAGAACCCGGGGCUGAUCAGCUACAUUGAGCAUGAAAUCGAGGAUGGCUAUCUGGAACCAAUCAUCAGACAUGUGGUGAAUCCUCCUCAAUCGACACUCCCAGAUGAAAACCAAGGCGAGAAAGACGGCCAAGCAGCAACCUGCCCCAACGAGUUAGCUGCUCCAGCCCAGUCUGGCGGAAAGGCCUCAGAUGACGCCCGGGUCAUGGUAGUAUCUCUGCAUUCAUGUGGAAACCUUGUCCACCACGGUGUGCGAUCCCUUGUACUCAACCCCUCAGUUGUAGCCGUAGCCAUGAUAGGCUGCUGCUACAACUUGCUGACCGAGCGUCUUGGCCCUGCUACAUACAAACUGCCUGUGCUUCGGUCCAUUCACCCCCGGCUGUACGAAACGGGCACCUCCUACGACCCGCACGGGUUCCCAAUGUCCAAAUUGGCAUUCGGCUCAACAUCACCGCCCGCUCCAUGGCAUGCCAAGCCCCCCUACAACUGGGAUGUCAGCGGCACCGAGACGUUCUUUACCCGGAACUUCUACCGCAGCCUUUUCCAGCGUAUCCUCCUUGACAAGGGGGUCAUAGAUCGACCGACUAUUCCCAAAGACCUGUACGAAGAGUCAAAUCCCGAGGAUACCCCCAAGCCUGUGAUCCUUGGGUCCCUCCGCAAAGCCGCCUUCGAGUCGUUCCCCAAUUAUAUCCGUGCGGCAACGGACAAGCUUCGCCGAGACCCGACAUUUGCAAGUCAGGUCGAGGCGAAAAUCGCUGUUAUGACGGAUGAGGAAAUCCGACGCUACGAGACGGAAUUCAGCCAAGCGAGGAAAAACCUCAGCAUCACAUGGAGUCUGAUGGCGUUCAGCUCCCAGCUCGUGGAGGCCGCCAUUGUCGUGGACCGUUGGCAGUUCCUGCGCGAGCAUGACUCGGUCAAGGAGUGCUGGGUCGAGCCGGUGUUUGGCUAUGGGGAGAGCCCCCGGAAUCUGGCCGUGAUUGGUUUGAAAAAAUAG